UCACUGAUACAUUCACAUCUCAAGGAAAAUUGAUCUGAUCCAGUCCACUUAGUGCAAAAAAAGAAAACAGGCAAACCCUGAGAAAACCCAUGUGAAGAUUGGGUGAACAUUGAGCCUGGAGACUAGGAGCUGUUCUUACUGACUGUCAUAUUAAGAUGUUUAUUUGUUGCCUACUGAGAAAACAACAGGAAACGUGUACUUAAAGUUGUUGGAGUUUGUAAUUCAAGCUACAAGACUAUAUAAAGGAAAUGCGCAAGUACAUUUGCGCCACGCGCGGUGCGGAUCGGACAGACUGGUGCGUGCUGUGAUUUGUUAUGGGUUCAUUGUUCUUCAGCUAACUUGUGAUGGAUGGAGUAUCCGUGUCUCCAGCAGCCUCUUGUGAAUGCAGUGAAGAGCAGUCAUCCGAAAGGAAUGCUCUGGCAUCCGAGGACAACUCCGAAUCUGAUUAUCCGAGAUCUGCGCGCAGCGAGUCGAGCGCAAUCAUCAUGGCUCAGCCGAAGAUACCCAUGGAAGCGCCGUCCAAGUUAUGGAUAAGCACCGUUUUUAUAGUCAUGGUUGCUAUUCAAGUCGCGUCGACUACUGGAUUAUUCGUUUAUCUCAAUAUGUCAGUGGCUCAGGCGCGGAAUCAGGGUGUGUUUGAGGAACUGCGCUGUCUUGGACUGCUGAACGCUCUGGAGAAAGAUCAGGAGGUGCCAGAUGGUCUGGUACAGCUCUUUGGUGAACCAUGCAUCAGACUGGCUGAAGGAAUUAGGACAUAUAUAUACAAGGUUACAGAAAACGUCAUCUCUCAGCAUAUUUUUCAUGAGCAAAGACAAACAGCCGAGCCCCGUCUGAAAGUUCUUCCUGAUGGGAACCAGCGGCCCUCCGCUCACCUCACCCUCCGAGACAAUGGACUACAAGGCCCAACAUCUUUAACUCCUCAAAGAGACCUCCAUCAGUCCUGCCGCCACCUUGUACGUUCCUGGGGAAACCAGAGCUUCGGCUCGCACAUGCACAACAUGACAUUGUCCAACGGGCGCCUGCGGAUCCCUCAGACGGGACGCUAUUACCUGUAUGCUCAGAUCUACUUCCGGUACCUCACACUGUCCAAUGGCGAGCACCAGUCCAACUCAGAGAGCCAGCAGGUUGUGCAAUGUGUGUAUAAGAAGACGGCUUAUGUGCAGCCCAUUCAGCUGUUAAAGGGAGUGGGCACUAAAUGCUGGUCCCCGGACAGCGAGAAUGCCCUGCACUCCAUCUACCAAGGAGGCAUGUUUGAGCUGCGAGCAGGAGACGAGAUCUUCGUUUCAGUGUCUGCUCCUAGGGCAGUGCAUGCAGAGGACUCGUCCAGUUACUUUGGAGCCUUUCGCUUUGACCCAUGAAUGCUGCUCAUUUGGGAGUCUCUGAAGCGUUCAGUGUUAGGACUGUGAGAAAAAGGAAGGGAGUGGGUGGAAUAAGGAAGGAUCUGUAAAACUUCCUGUUUAUUCAAAAACCUCCAUGAUGUGAUAGCAUAUGACUCAACAGCAGACUAAUGGGGUGCAGACUUGUUGGCAAUGUACAUAUUAAACCCAGAAGGAUACUUCAUAAUGGAUUCUAAAAAAAUCCAGGAUAAAACUCAUACUCAGAUGUCUUUAAGCAAUCACUGCUCUUUGCUAAAGAGCAUCAUGAAUGGUAUGAAGUUUUUUCCUCACAAAUGCACAGUGGGGCCUUGAAUGGGACUCUAAUGGGUGGUCCAGAGUUUGUGGGAACACAGCUGAGGAAUUUCAUGAAUUUACCAUGAAUUAGUCUGCACGAAAUGCGCCACAAUGUAUGGAUAUACAAACACACGAGAGCACAGCUGGGUUAUCAGAGAGUUUAACAUUACAGGAUAAAUGUAUGAUAAACAAAACCCACUUUGUCCAAAAAAUUAAAUCUACAGUCAGGUCCAUAAAUAUUGGGACAUCGACACAAUUCUAACAUUUUUGGCUCUAUACACCACCACAAUGGAUUUGAAAUGAAACGAACAAGUUGUCCUUUAACUGCAGACUGUCAGCUUUAAUUUGAGGGCAUUUACAUCCAAAUCAGGUGAACGGUGUAGGAAUUACAACAGUUUGCAUAUGUGGCUCCCACCUUUUAACGGACCAAAAGUAAUGGGCCAAUUGGCUUCUACGCUGUUCCAUGGCCAGGUGUGUGUUAUUCCCUCAUUAUACCAAUUACAAUGAGCAGAUAAAAGGUCCAGAGUUCAUUUCAAGUGUGCUAUUUGCAUUUGGAAUCUGUUGCUGUCAACUCUCCAAGAUGAGAUCCAAAGAGCUGUCACUAACAGUGAAGCAAGCCAUCAUUAGGCUGAAAAAACAAAACAAACCCAUCAGAGAGAUAACAAAAACAUUAGGCGUGCCCAAAACAACUGUUUGGAACAUUAUUAAAAAGAAGGAACGCACCGGUGAGCUCAGCAACACCAAAAGACCCGAAAGACCACGGAAAACAACUGUGGUGGAUGACCGAAGAAUUCCCUGGUGAAGAAAACACCCUUCACAACAGUUGGCCAGAUCAAGAACACUCUCCAGGAGGUAGAUGUAUGUGUAUCAAAGUCAACAAUCAAGAGAAGACUUCACCAGCGUGAAUACAGAGGGUUCACCACAAGAUGUAAACCAUUGGUGAGGAAGGCCAGAUUAGAGUUUGCCAAACAACAUCUAAAAAAGCCUCCACAGUUCUGGAACAACACCCUAUGGACAGCUGAGACCAAGAUCAAUUUGUACCAGAGUGAUGGGAAGAGAAGAGUAUGGAGAAGGAAAGGAACUGCUCAUGAUCCUGAGCAUACCACAUCAUCAGUGGUAGUGUCAUGGCGUGGGCAUGUAUGGCUGCCAAUGGAACUGGUUCUCUUGUAUUUAUUGAUGAUGUGACUGCUGACAAAAGCAGCAGAAUGAAUUCUGAAGUGUUUCGGGCAAUAUUAUUUGCUCAUAUUAAGCCAAAUGCUUCAGAACCCAUUGGACGGCGCUUCACAGUGCAGAUGGACAAUGACCCAAAGCAUACUGCAAAAGCAACCAAAGAGUUUUUUAAGGGAAAAAAGUGGAAUGUUAUGCAAUGGCCAAGUCAAUCACCUGACCUGAAUCCGAUUGAGCAUGCAUUUCACAUGCUGAAGACAAAAUGUCCCAAGAACAAGCAGGAACCGAAGACAGUUGCAGUAGAGGCCUGGCAGAGCAUCACCAGGGAUGAAACCCAGCGUCUGGUGAUGUCUAUGAUGUCUAUGUUCCAGACUUCAGGCUGUAAUUGACUGUAAAGGAUUUGCAACCAAGUAUUAAAAAAAGUGAAAGUUUCAACGUUCAUCUGAUUUGCAUUUAAAUGCCCUUAAAUUAAAGCUUCAUUUCAAAUCCAUUGUGGUGGUGUAUA